AACCUUUCAAGUCUCGACCUGUUAAUGGGGAGUGUACUACCGCAGGUGAGUUCUCGCUUUAUACUUGUACAACAUUUUUUCAUAAUUGUGUUUUUUUUUCGGUUGUACUAAGCUAGCUUCUACGUUGUAAUGUAUGUUAAGUUCUUAGCGUUAUUAUUGCGAUUGGCGGCCAUCAUCAGCAACGUGGUGCCUGUCGCCAUUUUGACACUUUUUAGGCUUAAUAUAAGAAGGGCAAUCCAUUUUUCCUUUGCUCCUUCACAUUAAGAGAUGGUCAGACAGCGCACCUUAAUACAUGCUCAGUUCAUGUAAUUGAAGUUCUACCCCCUGUAUUUUCAGGGUUAACUGUUGUCUGACCAGCUUUAGUUUCGCAAGGUAGGACUACCCGACGGGCAAAUAUGCCACCAAAAUACAGUACGAUAGGUUCCAGCCGUUUCAGCGGUACUAUGUUAGAUGUUGUUCCUAAAAAGAGAUCAUCUGAAAAGAAAGAGCUCCCCAAAGGUUCACCUGCCAUGCAAGACACAUCACUUCAUAAUCCUACGCCAGCAAUGCUUGCCAUUCUGGCCAGGAUGCGUAGCAAGGAGGAGAAUACAGCAGCAGCCGUCCCAUCGAAAAGGAAAGAAGCCAGGUUUGACAGUCGCUCGAGUAGUCCAAAGACGAAAUCUGCCAAGAGUGCUGCAUGUGGUGAUCAAUUUCCAUUUCCGUCCUAUACGCCACGAAAUUUGAAUUUGUACGUAACCAUUGAUUGCACUCCGGAAGAGGAACGUCGAGGGAAAAAGAUCAGUGGAAGUGGAGGCAGUCAAGCUUCCAGUAUUCUAAGGUCUCCUCGUACUCAGGUCAAUAGGAAAAAACAUCAAGAAUCGGUGAUCUUGGACGACGGGACGGCGUCGUCAGUGAAUUCCAGGACUGCCGGUGAAUCGUCAACCCCCGUCGCGCCAGAUAACAACAAACGACGCGUUGUUUUUACGAAGCUCCCCAACGAUUCACCUGCCAAGCAAGACACAUCACUUCAUAAUCCUACGCUAGCAAUGCUUGCCAUUCUGGCCAGGAUGCGUAGCAAGGAGGAAACUGCAGCAGCGACCGUCUCCUCGAAAAGGAAACAAGCCAGGUUGGACAGUCGCUCCUGUAACCCCAUCGAUCUCGAUUCCAGUUCGAUUCUAACACCUGCGAUGGAAGAAAUCAUUCGCCUAAGGGAAGUACGUAAAAGUAUGAAACACAGUGGCCAUUUUUUCACGCCAAUUUGCAGCCCAAUGACGGAAUCUGCCAACAGUGCAACAUCUGGUGGUCAUUUUCCAUUUCCAUCCUCUACGCCACGAAAUUUGGAUUUAUACAUGACCCUUGAUUGCACUCCGGAAGAGGAACCUCGAAGGAAAAAGAGCAUGGGAAGUGGAGGCGGUCAAGCUUCCAGUACUAGAAGGUCUCCGCGUACUCAGGUCAAUAGGAACAAACAUCAGGAAUCGGUGAUCUUGGACGACACGACGGCGUCAUCUGUGGAUUCCAGCACUGCCGGUGAAUCGUCAACCUCCGUCACGCCAGAUAACAACAAACGACGCGUUGUUUUUACGAGUCACGGCCUCUUGUCAAAAGUCACGGCUACUCAACGUACUUCUGAACCGAUCGAAAGGACCACUGUUGCUACACAAGCGACCUCAGGUGUUUUGAAACUUCCGACUCUUCAUCGUUACGCCCUUAGAUCGGCUCAAUCGCCUCUUAGUACUCCAGGGGGCCUCCACCCUCCUUCGCAAGUGAUCGAGCGUAGUCCUGAUACGUUCCGUGACGGUAGGCCUAGAUUUAUGGAAUAUUUUUCAUCAACCUCUUCACAUUAGUUACUAAGGCGCUUCCCCCCCCCCCCCCCGCCCCUGUUCUCAUCUCGGAGUUUUAAUUAUUUAAAUUCAUCUUAUGUCGAAUUGCAACUCUUUCUUCUUAAUUUUGGUGGUACUUAGAGAUGUAAGCGAUUAGCUACUUCUCAAGUAGAGCCGUUACUCUAAUUCCCAUGAUAUAUUCGAAUUUUCUUCAACGUUUCAGUGUAGCACAGAACAAAUAAUAAACAGGUUAUUUCACUAUCAUACGAGUAACCUUGCCUUGUUUAAUGUUGUUAAUGUU